AUGUUACUAAAUGGUGCCUCUGACCCUAUCUUGUGUCGAUCCUUUCCAACCUUUUUGAAUAGAGCUGCUUUAUUUUGGUUUUCAAAUUUGCCUGCAAGUUCCAUUGCUAGUUUUGAUGAGUUUGCCGAUCUAUUUGUAAACAACUUCGCAGCAUCCAAAAUCUAUGUACGAGACUCAGAUUAUCUUAGCACAAUUACUCAAGGACAACACAAAAGUCUGAAAGACUACAUGACGAGGUUUGCAAAGGCAGCGAUGGAAAUUUCCGAUCUAAAUCCCGAGGUUCAUUUACAUGCCUUGAAAAGCGGGCUUCGCCUUGGAAAGUUUCACAAGGCCAUUGUAGUAACAAAACCAAAGACGCUAGCAAAAUUCAGGGAUAAAGCGAUUGGACAAAUUGAAAUUGAAGAACUACGGGAAGCUCGAAGAUUGGAAAAACUAUUACCUCGCAGAGACGAUGACAAGCAAGGUCGAACAAACAACCUUUGA